GUGCUCUGGGGCAGCCGUGCUUUACAGUGAUGUCAACGAAUUCAGAGCUAUUCGUUGGUGAUGUUUCGGUGCGUACAUGGGUGCGUAUCAUUGGCGAAACUCAUGGGCGAAACUAGACGGCGAGUAUGUAAAUACAAUAUGGCCGAAGGCAGUGAAACGUCGUUAGAAUUUUUCUCGGUAUAUCGCGUUCGAAUAAAAUAAAACCAUCUGUUUGAGUAAUUCCAGUGCGUUGGUGAGGUACAAUCAAGGAUCAUCCGAAGUUUCUUGGCAAAAUCUGCCGAGAAAUUUAACCUACUUGUCAGCGGUCGGUCGACAGUCGGUUUGAAAAAAUGUUCUUAUUUUUUGUACGUUCUUUGACAUUCAAUGGUGAUUGCAUGUUACAACGAUAAGGAAUGUGACAAAACCAUGUUGUAACGAUAACCACUUUCAUCAGUAUACCAUUUUUUAAUUUUCUCCAGUGAGUUGCAUAAUUUGCAACAGCAAUGAGGUAGAGACAACCAUUGUACUUUUAUGAUAAUGGAAAUGGAUUUAGAGGGCAGUAAGUGCGAAGGAGGUGGAGAGGUCAGCCCAGGCUGCUCGGGCUACUCGAGUAUGGUUCACAGUAAGAAGGUGAUCAAACAUGCGCUACGCCAGCAGGCCAAGAGACGAAGAAAAAAUACCACAAUAGCUGCAGGAAACUCACGUACCUUACCGAGGAUAGUUGUUAAACCGUUACCACCCCCACCCCCUGACGACCCACCUCAUGAAAUUGGCAACAUUCAACGACCCUUAGCAAAUGAGGAACCCGCUGCCACAAUGCGAGAAGUCUUGGCCAGUUUACCUGGCUUUAGUCUAAAGUCUGGUCGUAGGAGAUCUACGAAACGAUUGUCAGCUGCAGCUCAACUAGAAGCCGGAUUAGUAGAUCUGGAAUCGCCAGCAAGCAUUUUAGCAAACACCAGUCUCCGGGCUUUACUCAAUCGGCAUACCUUUCAAGGCCUUCCCCCCCUUUAUCAAAGGAAGCUUGCUCAGUUAUUGCCUGCCGUUGACAGACAGGAUGCCGCAACAUCUGGUUUAAACAACGAAUUCUUUGCACGUGCUUGUCUUGAAUGGAGAAAACGUCUUGCUGAGGGUGAAUUCACGCCAGAAAAUCAGCAGAGACUCAAGAUGGAGGCUGAACGUGAUAAGAAUAAACUUGACCCAUGGAAGCUUAAGCAUUUUGAGCCAAUCUGGGGGGAAAAAAGGGAGCCUAAAUUAAUAUCGGGGCCUCACUGCACCACUGAGCCCAGAUCAGCUGGAGCUGUAACGCGUUCCAGCUUGCGUCUACGUUUGGAAUCUGGUCAAGAACAAACACCAACAGAUUCCAAUUCUGAUUCAACCGCUCUAGAAGGAAAGAGAGAUGGGGAGAGUCAUGUCCCCAAGUCACAUAGACUCACGCCUGACCAAAGAGCGCCAGCCCAAACAGUGCAGCCAGAUUCAGCUCAAAGAUGUGAAGAGGAAGAGGCUGCGUUGCAUGUGGACCGUGACAAACAAGUUUUAGGAAACGAAAAAUUAAAAUCACCCAACCUAAUUGUAAAGUUGGACUCUCAUCCGGAGCCAGACCCACCCUUAGAAGGGAUAUCAUCAUCAUCCUUAUCAUUAUCUUCGACUUCAUCUUCGUCAUCAGCAUGCUCAUCAUCUACCAUUGUUGCUGACAACAAUAGUACACAACCAUCAGAUCUAAUACUAGAUGAGCUGCCGCCGCAAGUAGUUGCCACUGCAGCUAUCGCAGUCAGCGACGCGACAAUUGAAAGUACCGAGGAACUGAUAGUGGGUAUAUCCCAUGAAGUAGUUUCUCCCCUUUUGGAGAAACAUAAUUCCAAGCGAUGCAAAGAAGAAACCGCUUCAACGACAGAAAAUUUCGAUGCCCCUAUGCCAGCAUCCAUAACUGACGAGCACCCUGCAAGCAAUAAUCAACCUGAAGCUGAAAAAUCGGAGGCAACUGCAACUGCGGUCGGCGAACCACAAAUUCCUGAGGAAAUGGAAAUAGACAGUGAAACGUUACGUCGCAUACACGAAUUAGAGGUGCGUGGAGAAAUGAGGGAAGUAUACGAAGAGAUUUCCGGCUGUCCAGAGAAUAUCUACCCAAUUCUAGAGAGUAUGGAAAUUAGUUCGAGCGCAGUUGUGGUGGAGAAUCAAAAUUCCGGAGAACCUGAACAAAGACCUGUGAACUCGGACUCGUGCGAGAUUACCACUGGGAACGAGGAGGAUGCAUUUAUCGACGCGAACAACUAUGUCCUUGAGUCGCGAGAGAUUCGCUCAGAGAUGCUCGAGUGCAGUUGGAGUGUGGAUCCUACCAUAAACAACGUAGUGGUACCAAGUACACACGAGGAGCUCCAGGUACCUUGGCCGUUGGUAGCUGCGGCUCUGGACGGAUCCGUUGCUGCGAAUAUAACCGUAACGACACAAGACGAAUGCAACGACUCUACGACGUCUACCGAGGUCGAGAGCGUUGGACUGCAACAAAGUGACAAGGGUAUAAAAACGGAUGCCAACAAGACAAUAAGCUGCUUGCAAGUUCCGGUUGAUCAAGGCAACUCGUAUGAAUCAGACACCCUGACGGUCGGUACCCCUGUAACCUCACAUUUAUUGAAUAACAUCCAAUCGGACAGCCCACCGGUAAUCGCCUUCCCUCAGUUGCAAUCGAUCAGAUUUGUCCAGACAAACUUUCACACGGGGCAAACCGGUGCUCAGACCACGGCGAACCCCACUGCUGUUUCAUUGAAGAUUCAGAACCAACAAUGCAACGCGUCUCCUCAGCAUGGCAUUGUUUCGAGCCAUGAAGAAUGCAUCGUACAAGUAUCGUCAGGCAAUAUAGUCGGGCAACCAAAUGCAGCAGGCAGCAGCCUACCACACUCGAGGGUGCAGACUCACGCUCCUGUCUCAGUAUGCGUACCCUCCCAGCACCAGGGACGUGGGCAAACUCCUAUUGUCUUGCAGCAACAGCAGCAGAGGCAGCAGGCGUCCCCGUCGAUCGGCGCGCAACCUCGACAGAUCGUUAGCGCCACUGUUCACCAACAGUAUCCGUCGCCCUUGACGGUUGCGACCAGGGCCGCGCGUUCGACAGGCCAGGGAGGCCAAAGGGGCUCGCGCAGCGGUAACAAAGAACAAGGUGGCGGUAGAUCGAGGAGCUCCACGAAAGAACCACCGGGGGCCGUGAAUUUAGAGCGAAGCUAUCAGAUUUGCCAGGCGGUCAUACAAAGCUCGCCAAACAGGGAUCAGCUUAAAGCGCAUUUGAAACCACCGCCUAGUCUACUUGCCCGGGCAGACGGUGCCUUCACCACUGCCAAGCCAGGAGGUCGUUCCUUGACCGGUGUCAAAUCCCAAAAGACGCAGCAGGUUGUGCAACACAUUAAGCAAACUCCAAACAAAGGCCAGGCAGUGAUGCUGAGGCAUGUCUUUGCUACAACGCGUCAGGCUAUACCAUCAGAGGUUACAGAAAAUGGUGGAGUGUGUCAGAUAACUCAGAACGGAGCGAACGGCCUUGGGCAGUACAUCCUGGUGCAAAGAACCGGGGUCGGCGAUGGCGCACCUCGCGCAUCUUCGGCGCCUCCGCUACCACCUCAGAUAGCCAGCAUGGGGGUAGGGCUACAUCUCGUCAGAGGAAGACCCGCGAGUGCUGGAGAGGGUUCUCAUCAAGCGGUAACGUUGAAGGCAAGAGGAGCAUCGGAUGUGCGAGGCGGUGGUGGUGCCGAACCCGGUGCACCGGGAGUAAUUAUGGGUGGAGAUCCUCCGCCGCCGUGCGAAUGCAACAUGAGGGGCGCCAUGGUAAUAUGUCGGCAAUGUGGGGCGUUUUGCCACGAUGACUGCAUUGGUCCUCAACGAAUCUGCGCCACCUGCCUCAUACGUUGAUCACCUAGCUGUUAAUAGUAGAUCGAGUACCUAUACAUAUAUUAGACACCUAUCCAGCUAAUGUCACCGGAACCGCCGAAAAGCGCGUGUGCAGACCUAGUCGCUACCCAUUUUUCAUAUUUAUUACCGGCGUUGGUCUUUCACGAUGAAGUUUACGUCAAAAAAUCACUUAUUGUUUACCGACUAGCCACAAUGCCAAUGUCUCAGCCAUGGUUUAACGCAUAAGGCCCUAGUUGCUGUCGGUGUUGUUGUUGUUGUUGUUGUUAUUGUUAUUGCUGUUGUUGCUGUUACAGUUAUCAAAAAUCAUCGACGCAGCGAGUGCCUACUGCUUCAAUUGACUCCCGUAUCCAUAGAUAUGGUUGACUAAACUGAAUUGUGAAAAACUAGAGCUGCUUAUUUCACGCUGUCAUUGCACACCGAAUCAUGAGGCUCAGUUGCGUGCCCGAGAAACGCAAUUGCACAGCCUAACUAUGUUACUGUCUUCCACUAGCAUCGCACUAGCGAACGUUCUCGCGUUUUAUUUAUUCUUCUUGUCGUCGACGUAACUUAGAUAUCGUUAAUCUUAUAGCGAUUCAUUAUCCUCUCAGUAAAAACAUGUCUGGUAGGUGUGCCAUCGUAUCGCUGAUUACCUCAAGUGCGAAGGACUGAAUCGUGAUCGAUUCAAAUAGAUUGGAUUCGAAUGUGCGGAUAUUGUGACCACGAGGUCUCAGCAUUGUGAUCCUAGGAUCAAGGGUCACAUGUAUGUAUAGUUCAAUUUUAGGACCCUUUGCAUUUUACCGCGAACAUUUGGCAACCGAUCUCAUUAGCAUUAGCGCCAAUCCGAUUGGAAAUCGUUAGAGGUAUGGAUUUAAGUCUUACUAUUGGACAGAUUAGCCAUUCAGAUGUCCGUUGACGGCAACGGACAUGCGACCGUGACAUCCCCGCAUGACUGCUCCACGUCGAAUACUCACAAUUGUACAUAAUAUACUCAAUGUGCGUCAUCUUUUUUUUUUUUCUUUUUUUUUUAAACAUAUUUUCUUCAUUAUUCAUAUCACCUAGCAUUAGGCCGUUAGGCUUUGCAGAGCACGAGACUUUACCUUUUAGCGUAUCAGGGAAAAUACAAGACGCAAUUCAUCCAUAAUUAUAUUUCAACACAUUCGCAUGUAUCAUUCUUUACUACUACAUCAACAUUAGCAUUAUUGUUAUCAUUACUAACUACUAAAUAUACUGCUACAUUACUACUAGUACUAUUAUUAUUAUUAUCAUUAUCAUUAUCAUUAUUGUUAUUUUUAUGAUUGCAUAGCACCUACUGUGUACUCCGCUCAAAUGUAAAUAAAAUCAUAUUCGUUUGAAAUAUUAAA